CCAGCCUGCCCUGAACCACCAUGCUUGCUCUGGAGGCUGCACAGCUGGACGGCCCACACUUGAGCUGUUUGUACCCAGAAGGUGUCUUCUAUGACCUGGACAGCUGCAAACCCUUCAGCUACCCAGAUUCAGAUGGGGCCCCUGACUCUGCAUGGGGCUGGACAGAGGCCCCGCCUGCCCCUGCCGUGGCCCCCUAUGAAGCCUUUGACCCUGCUAUGGCUGCCUUUGCCCACUCCCAGCCUGUACAGCUCUGCUAUAGUCACGGUCCUAGCCCCUCCGCCUACAGCCCCGUGGGAACCCUCGACCCAGCCCCCAGCUUGGAGGCCCCAGGGCCUGGCCUUCAGGUGUAUCCCUCAGAGGACUUCACCAGCCAGACCCUGGGCCCCUUGGCUUAUGCUCCAUACCCCAGCCCCGUACUGUCAGAGGAGGAAGACAUCCUGCUGGACAGCCCUGCUCUGGAGGUCUCUGACAGUGAGUCAGACGAGGCCCUCUUGGCUGGCUCCGAGGGGAGGGGAUCCGAGGCAGGUGCGCGCAAGAAGCUGCGCCUCUACCAGUUCCUGCUGGGGCUGCUGCUGCGCGGGGACAUGCGCGAGUGCGUGUGGUGGGUGGAGCCAGGUGCCGGCGUCUUCCAGUUCUCCUCCAAGCACAAGGAGCUGCUGGCUCGCCGCUGGGGCCAGCAGAAGGGCAACCGCAAGCGCAUGACGUACCAGAAGCUGGCGCGCGCACUGCGCAACUACGCCAAGACAGGCGAAAUCCGCAAGGUCAAACGCAAGCUCACCUACCAGUUCGACAGCGCGCUGCUGCCAGCCGCCCGGCGUGCCUGAGCACUCCGCUAGGACCCCUUUCUGGCCCUCAGGCCCCCGCGCCCACGGAGCCCCGCAUGAGGGCAGCAGGCUGCCAGGGUCCUUUGUGCCAUGUGUGGGAUCAUCCCCCGGGGCAGCUGUGUUUGAGGGGGGUGUCUCAGGACGCGCUGGCCAUUCUGCAUAUUUCCAGAAUGCCAGGUUUCUUUGUCGGGGCCCCUGGUGUUUUCUGCGGUUCCAGAAUUCACACAGGUACUACUUGCGAGCCCUGUGAUCACACACACCAUCCCACCAGCAGGUGGCGCUGUCUACAGCCCGAAACUGGUGUGUCUGGGGGCGGUGUGGGUCCCUCUGUGCUCCCGUGAGUACCCUGUGCCAUCUAUGACUUUUCUCUGUGUCCAUUUAUGACUUCUGUUUGAGACGAUCUCUCUAUGUAGCUUAGGCUGGUCCCCAGCUUGUAACAUUCCUCCUGCCUCAGCUUCCUGAGGGCUGGGAUUUACCAUCACACAUCACACCUUCAACCAGGUUUUUUCCUUCUUUUUGAGACAAGAUUUUUAUGAUGUAACCCAGGCUGUCCUCAAGCUUGUGGACAUCUUGCCUCAUCCAUCCUGUAGGACCCCCUGGGAUCCUCGUCUGAGAGGAUGUGUUGGGUAGGGUUGGGGCUCAGUGAAUCUUAUAGGCUGGGCUGUUCUGGGGUCCUUUGGUCAUGUGGGAAGUUCUCUAGGGUCCCUAGCCCUGAGUUCACACACUCCCUGUCCUGUCUGAGGUGCCCCCUGUGUACUGUGUUUGAGGAUCAGCCUAACACCUGGCACUUUGGCGUGAGUGGCAGAGGUGUGGUUGUGUUGUGGUGUUUUAUUUUUGAGACGGGGUCUCACAUAGCCCAGGCUGGCCUUGAACUCACCAUGUAGCUGAGGAUAGCCUUGAGCAUGCCUCAGCCAGAGUGAUCAGCGCACAGGCACCACCAGGUGACUGUUUCUUUACCUUUUCUUAACCAGGGUCUGUAUAUGUAGCCCAGGCUGGCUCUAGACACAGACCAGUCCUCUGCCUCAGUGUCUGGAGUGCUGGGAUUGCGGACGUGUUCCACCACACCAUGCUUACCAGACUGCUGGAGCUGGCCACCCUGCCCACAAUGCAGGCAGACCAAGUCCCUGCAGGUGUUUUCUUCAGAGAAAACAUGCCUUCACAGUGAUCUUUCAAGCUAGGGAGCACUCCCACAAUCCAGACAUCUGAUGUGGAACUUUGGACAGCAGGUGAGCUGGCCAGCUUUCCUGGGACCAGCUUCUGUGCCUGCCUCACCCCAGCGACUUCUCUCAAACGCCUGUCAGGGCCUAGUCUUUUUGCCUUUCAACUGCUGUGUGCCAAGCUGGCUCAAACUGUGGCUCUCACUGGGCCUCAAGGGCAGAAUCAGAAGCCAAGGCUUUGAGUGAGCUGGGCCACCCAGGUCUCGGUCCCUCUAAGAAAGAGAGGAUGAAGAGGGCCUUAAAUCUCCUUGUAACCCUAAUGAACCCAUGACACACCUGAACUCACCUCUGUGAGUGGCCAGGAAGGGGAAAGAAGAAUCAUGGAAGAUCCAGAUGUCCAUGUGGCCAAGGCUAAACUGGCACCAAAUCAAAUUCUCUCUUCAAAAGCCAACAUCGUUACUCUACGUGUGUGACAAAUAAAACCCUAAAUCAAA